ACACAACAAAGUGUACCGGCCAAAAGAAGUACUGUACGUAGUAAAACAGCAGCACUAGAUUUUGGUGACAAGUUCAGCGGCAGCGCAAGAUGGAGUACCAGGGACAGCAGCACGGCCGCGUCGACGAGUACGGCAACCCUGUGGCCGGACAUGGCGUCGGCACCGGCAUGGGAACGCACGGCGGCGUCGGCACUGGCGCGGCCGCCGGUGGGCAUUACCAGCCCAUGAGGGACGAGCACCAGACUGGCCGUGGGAUCCUGCACCGCUCCGGCAGCUCCAGCUCCAGCUCGUCCGAGGACGAUGGCAUGGGUGGCAGGAGGAAGAAGGGCAUCAAGGAGAAGAUCAAGGAGAAGCUCCCUGGUGGCCACGGUGACCAGCAGCACAACGCUGGCACCUACGGCUACGGACAGCAGGGUACUGGCAUGGCCGGCACCGGCGGAACCUACGGGCAGCAGGGUCACACUGGGAUGACCGGGAUGGGAGCCACUGACGGCACCUACGGACAGCAAGGCCACACUGGGAUGGCCGGCACCGGGGCACAUGGCACCGCGGCCACCGGCGGCACCUACGGGCAGCAGGGCCACACCGGGAUGACAGGCACGGGCAUGCACGGCACCGGUGGCACCUACGGGCAGCACGGCACCGACACCGGCGAGAAGAAGGGCAUCAUGGACAAGAUCAAGGAGAAGCUCCCUGGCCAGCACUGAGCGCUCCGAGCCCAGCCCCCGCGGCCGCCACUUCUGAGUGUGGAGGUGCCGGUCGACCACCGUUGCAGAAUCAAUAAUAAGAUGGCGAUACAAUAAAAUUCCACCAUACAACGUGAGCAUAGUUCACCUAGCUCACUUGGCUGUUGGAGGGGCGAAUGUAUCUAGUUCAAGUUUACGUGAACAACACUGUGUUAAGAGUGUUUUCGUCUGUUUACACUAUAUAAUCUUGUAAAUUUCCUUUUUGGUUCAA